AUGGUCUCAUCGUGGAUAGAGGCCGUUCGUGUUCUGACGCAACGCAUCUUGAUUGGCUCGAUACUUGAACUGUGGAGCGAGUGGUUGAGGGAUAAGAGGAUGUCAAGCAUCCGUGUCGGAUGGAAUCCGGUAGAAUUCGAUUUAGCGUCCUUUCCAUCUUCGCCUUCGCAAUCAUGGCACGAAUCAAAGGCCACAGCUGGCGAGUCCACGGCCGGACGCUUUUCUCCACCUGUGUUUAUCAGCCGCCCUUCUCUCCUAUGCGAGGGUAAUCUUGAAGGUAAUAUUCUUGAUAUCACUGAAAAGUGCUACGAACGGGGACUGCUGUCAUUGUUCAAACAUCAGAUGACGCUGGUUUUGCAAUCUAACUCUGGCUCAGAUAUUCACGACGGCACCGAAAUAGCCUCCUACACCUAA